AUGGCUAGGAGAAAGAAAGUGACACUAAAACUGAUUGAGAAUUUUGUGGCAAGAAAAGCUCGUUACAGAAAAAUUCGAGAAAAUUUAUUGAAGAAGGUGGAAGAUGUUACGACCCUUUGUGAUGUGAAUGCAUGUGCAAUCAUCUAUGGUCCAGGGGACGACGUGCCAACCGUGUGGCCAUCCCAUGAUAUUGCUAAAGAGUUGCUCGACAAGUUUGAGAAUGCUCCAUUGCCAGAACGAUUGAAAAAAAAUGUUACUCCACAACUUUAUAUCGACCAGAUGAACAGAAAGAUUGAAAAACAAGUCAUGAAACUGAAGAAGAAGAACGAUGAGAAAGACAUGUCAAAUUUCUUGCACAAUAUACAUGAUGGUAAGUCUUUAUCAGAUCUUGAUGCUAGCGAUAUAUGUCGUUUACUUUGUUACGUGGAGGGAAAAUUGAAGUGUGCUGGAGUAAAAGUUCACAUUUCUGAACAACAGUUAUCAACUAAAACUCCGACACCACUAGUUUCUUUUCCUCUGCAGAAUGACAUCGAUUCUUGUGCUAACAUAGAUGAACAGGUUUUUCAACAACAAUCAUCCUUAGAUUCAACGAAAGAAACUGGUCCAAUGAAUAGUGAUUCCGAUAAUAAUAAGAAUACGGGACUACCACCACUACAGCAACACGCACAUGAUAAUACGGGGUUGUCUCAAGUUAAUUUUGAAAGUUUGAAUUUGGAUGAUAUUGGUAUGGUGUUACAUUCAGCAAAUUUUAAUGAUGUGAUUGAUGAUAAUGGCUUGGCAUUUGGGAUGUUGGCUCAAGAUAAUUAUAUAGGUAUUUGUGAUAAUGGUGAUUUAGGGCUUUUACAUGGGAGUUCUUCAGGUGGAGAAAUUACAGGCAAUGACAUAUGGUCAUCUUAUGAAAGUUUUGGAGACAUAAGUGAGAGUGAUACCAUGUUGCCCUUCAACAAUAAUGUUCAAGACAACAUUGAUGGAACUUUCAUGGGAGCAAACGUUGAAAAUGAAGGUGUCUCCAUUAAUAAUAUAGAGUUAAGCGGUGAUCAAAGAACUACCAGUGGAGACACUUGA